AGAUCUUCACCAUGUGUAUUGCGCGCCAAAAGAUUCCCGAUUAAUCAUUACACAAGGGAUGACUUUUAUAAUAUCUAAAUUCAGCCAAAAAUACCGCACUGAACAAAGGAAUAUGUUGCGAUGUGUAUCAGUGUGUAUUUCUAGUGUAUUGAUCAGCUGUUGAUUGCAAGUCUGGGAAAAGAUCGGGCUGUAUAAUGGAAGACGAUAAGAUCGAGCGUCUUCGGGAGCGGAUCCUGCAGUGCCCGAUAUGCAUGGAUGAAUACAAAGACCCGCGAAUACUACCCUGUCAUCACACGGUGUGUUUGAAUUGUCUUCUUGAUUACGUCAGACAUUCCUCGUCAUCCGGGCGUUUAUUUCGAUGUCCUCAGUGUAGGUCUGAUAUCUGUGUGCCACGAGGCGGCGUCAAAGAUUUCCCGCCAAAUUUUUACGUCAACUGCAUUCAGGACGAACUUGGGUCGCGUCCUUAUUUCGGAAUCUGCGAUAUUUGUGAACGAGAUUGGCUUAUUUCGCAGUACAGGUGUGUAGAUUGUGACCUUGAUAUAUGCCGAUUUUGUAUUCACGAGCAUAGACUUUUUAAACAUGAUGCCGGAAGGGAUGUGACAAUCAUGCGCAUAGAGACGGGAAAUAUUACGUCAUAUAUGGCAUCAGAAAAAGGUUGUGAGAACCAUUCAGGGGAAGCAUUGCAGAUGUUCUGUAGCACGUGCGAAGUAGCCGUAUGCGUCACUUGUGUUUGUGAAACACACAAAAAACAUGAAACAAUGCCUUUAAUAAAGAAACUGAUGGCAUCGCAAAAAGCACUCCAAUUUGACCUCGACGAUUUGAAAACCGAGGUCAAACUAACACAGGAUUCUUUGACAGAGGUACGCAAUCUUCGAACAAAAAUACAAGAGAAGUCCGAUAGCACGAUGACGUCAAUUCGUUUACGAGCCCGGGAACUUGCAAUCGAAAUGGACAAAAUGGCUGAACUGAAAAUAGAAAAAGUCCGAGAAACCUCGAGUAAAGUCCUCCAAGAUAUUGACAGCUACAUCAAAGAACUCGAUCUUCUUCACAAUCAGGCAAGGAGGGGGUGUGGCUUCUUAGAGGACUUACAAGAGGACGACGUCAGCUUGGAAUUAUUCACGUGCUUCACCAAAUAUAAGAAAGGGCUAGAGGUUGUCCGAAAAUCAGCACUAAAUAAAACAAUCCAAACACAGAUUCCCAAUUUUGAACCCGGAAAAAUAUGGCAGUAUUUUGGAUACCACUUUAUACGGUUUGGAGACCUGAAAUUUGUCAAGGAAAAGACAAUUUUCUUGGAACAGGAAAGAGAACCACGGUUUACCGGAACUUCCAAAUGCCGGAAGUUGUACUCUGUCAUUCGACUAGGACUUUAUUUGUUAUUCUUCCUUCUUAUAAUUUCCGGAUUUUGUAUUCUGACUAAUAAUUUGUGGACUUCCGAUCACGUGUAUCUCGAGGGAAUUGUGGGUUGGCUUUUCUUCCUACACCUUACAAUCACCGGUGCUUUUGCUUUCUACAAGUCAAGAUAAACAAAGUGAUAAUAAAAGAAUUGCGUUUUUUUGUUGUUUCAAAUUGCUUAAUCAAGUGUCUUACCAUGCAUGGUCUUCUGGAAGCUUUUAUUAUAUACAUCAUGACCAGUUUAGGAUCUAAUAUAUUCACUGUGCAAUGUAAACACAAUAACUUUUUUUUUUAAUAUGAGUGAUAUUGGAAGUUUCGUUUUUACAAUCCAAUGUCCAUAUCUAGAUAGCGCAAAUUUUAUAAUUAAUAUAUCAAUUGACUGAUAUUAUACGAGGAACAGAAAUAAAACAAAAAU